UCAUCCUCUCUCUCUCUUAACUUUUACUCUCUAUUCUCUCUCUGUUAGCUUUUGUCUUUAAGCUCUUUCAAUGGCAACAGAAUCCACCGUCAUGAAUGAACAAACCCAAACCCUCCUCCAAAAAGAUACCACCACCACUGCCGACGACUCAUCCAGUCCUAAACCAAUGGAUUCCAGCUCCAGCUCAGCCACCACCCUCGUCCUCUCCCCUCACUUAAAGGGUGUUGAGGCGGGAAGUAGUGCCGUCGUGGUUAUUACUGGGUCGGGUAGUUCUUCUUCUGACACAAAGGGGAGCGACAUUGCUGGUGUGGAAGGCCAAAGGACAGCGCCAGCGAAGCACUGCAUUGGGAAAAGCAACAAAGGAGUAUCGUGGGGAUUCAGCUUGGAUCAAGGAAGGCGGUCAACAAUGGAGGAUAGGGCGGUGGUUCAGCCAGGGUUUAUGAAGCUUUGUUGCAAGGAUGUUGGUGGAUGUAGAGAGCCCGAGUGUGAAUACGCCAUGGAGAAAUCGCUGGUGCAUUAUUUCGGCAUAUUUGACGGACAUGGAGGUGACCAGGUGAGCAACUAUUGUGCAAAUGAGCUUUGCAGAAUUGUGGCAGAGGAGUGGGAAAGAGGAAGCAGUUUAGAUGGAUGGAAUAAGAGGUGGGAGGUUGCGCUGUGCAAGGCUUAUGAGAGGGCUGACAAUGCCUUCAAAGACGAGGCAUUAGCACCCAAAUCUGUUGGAUCGACUGCUUUGGUACUUAUUGUCUCACCCUGCCAGAUAAUUGCUGCUAAUUGUGGUGACUCCAGGGCUGUACUUUGUCGUGGGGCACAAGCAAUCCCUUUGACAGUUGACCAAAAGCCUGACCGAGCAGAUGAGUUGGAAAGGAUCACUAGCAGCGGAGGUAGAAUUCUCAACUGGGGCUGUUUAAGGGUGGAGGGAAUUCUUUCCAUGUCAAGAGCAAUAGGUGAUCAUGAUUUGAAACCAUGGGUUAUUUCAGUCCCUGAAGUUACUUUCACGACUAGGACAAAAGAAGAUGAGUGCUUGAUUUUGGCAAGUGAUGGCCUCUGGGAUGUUUUAUCUAAUGACGACGUUGUGAAGUUAGCUCGCAAAGAACUAAGACAGCGACAUAGGCUUGCUGGGGCUAAUAAGAGUUCAUUCCCACCUGCUUGGCAUGUUUCUCAGCAUGUUCUAAAACAAGCUCUGGAUGCAUACAGUCUUGAUAAUAUCUCUGUCAUUGUUGUUGACCUCAAGAAUCCAAAGCUAAAACCCCAGGAAAAGCCUUAAAGGGAUGUACUGAAGGAAAAGGAAAGACAACUAACUGAUGGUGAAGAUAUAUAUAUAUAUAUGUGUAUAUAUAUAUAUAUAUAGACAGUGUUGUAAUGUAAAGAACAAGGUGGUUUUUAACAUAGAAAACUUGAGACAUAUGUACCCGCCUUUGUUAAGUGACUUUCAAUGACAAUAUAGGUUUCCUUGUUUGGACUAUACUUUGGAUCUUCUGACUGGAAGAUUUAAUGGCAUGCUUUUAAAGUUUCUGUA